AUGUCUGCAGUCGCAGGUCACCUUCCUCAUCAUGGUGGACGAACCGAGAACAGGGCUGGAGCACCUCAUCCUCGUGUUCCUAGCUCACCGACUACUACUAGCAACCUGCCCUUGAACAGAAGGGCUGCAACAAGCAGAUCCGCCAUACAGGGAGAAGCCAGCCCCGGGGCAAGCAGGGGCGUUCUCCUUCAUACCGGAACCAAGGCCUUAAUAUCGAGGGCAAGUGCUUCAAGCCAGCAGCGAUCUGAGUCCCAUGUCACUUGUUCCAGCUCUUCUGAAAACUUCAGGACGUCCUCACCGAGCCGGCGUGGAGAAGAUGACAAAACAUUCCCUAAAUAUUUCAUCGGCAUUGAGACCGAGUUCCUCCUCCAAGGUCGUAAUGCAUACACGCACCGAGGCAAUCUCAUAGAUUGUGUUGCAGGUAUGGCACGUCUGUAUAACAAGAGUAUUGAAGCAUGCUAUCCGCGAAUGGAUACGAACUUCAAGGAUGAUGAUGGAAUACCCGGACAGAAACGUCACAAGUAUUGGAUAUUGACGGAAGAAAAGGACCUCCAGCUGAGACCCGAGGACUGUAAUAGAUGGUGUGUCGAAAUGAAGACUCCGAAAAUCGAGGUUUCCGACAACUUAGACUGGACAAGCCAGGUGAAAAGGACUUGGGCGUUUAUUAAGGAGAACUAUGAGAUUAGCAAGAACGGAAUGUGUGGGACACAUGUCCACAUUUCCAUGCAACGUGGGAUGCAACCUGGAACUACCAUUGGAACCGGAAUGGGAUUGCAGAAUUUGAAAGACAUUGCUAAGUGUGCCAUCCAUUUCGAACCGGCUCUUGAAGCGUUGGUACCCGAAAUUCGCCGUGGGAAUCUCUUUGCCAUGAGUAACUGGAUCGAUAACAUCAACUUCGCUGACGCAAGUAUUACUCGGCAGGUGGCGAUGAAUAUGAUCGACAAUUGUGGCAGAGAAAUUGAGCUCAUAAAGCUCAUGUGUCCGCCACCUCAACAAAGAUGUUUCGCUUGGAACUUCUGGGCCCUGAAAAAGUUCGGGACUAUCGAGUUUCGUAAAGGUAGUGCAAGCUUAGAUGCGGCUAACGCACUUGCUUGGGCCGAACUGACAAUUCUGUUUGUGCAGGCUGCGGUACAGGCAAUACCCGACUCCCUACUGACAAGGCCCGCAAACAUUGAAGAAUUGAGAAGAUUUCUUAGUCCUGAAAAGCUCAGAUAUCUCAAACCAAUGUUCAACCAACUCAAUGGAGGAGAGAGUGUUCAACCGGAACUGCUGAUGUCAGGUUGGACGAACAAGGAAGCAAUGCUGCGGAAAAAGCUGUCAGAUGAUGCAAGAGCUGCUCGCGGUCUCGGCAAAGAGUUUUUGACUGCGUUUGCUCUUUCCGGUGCUCGAGGGUAUAGCCACUUUCACAGAGAGAAAUCAGCUAAAGGGUUUAGCGCUUGUGUCGAUCUCACUCUGUCCGCUAGCGAAGAGUCCGUCAACCAUAUUAGCGCGCAUGUCGCUAAGUCUACCGAUACAAAGUGCGAUCUGCGACCAUAUGCCUGCAAUGCAACAGUCGAAUCCGAUGUGAAACAUACGUGGGACAAGAUUGUGAGGGAUUUCGGGAAGGUUGAUGUUCUCGUCACGGCUGCUGGCAUUGUCGACAAUGUUGAGGCCGAGAACUAUGAUUUUCCUCGUUGGCGGAAGAUGCUAGACAUAAACCUUGAUGGCACAUGGCUUUUCGCUAGGGCGGCUGGAAAACACAUGCUUGCCCAACACAUCAGGGGAUCCAUCAUCCUGAUCGCGUCCAUGUCAGCCACAAUUUGCGUCCGACCGCAAAAACAGGCUGCAUACAAUGCUUCGAAAGGAGCAGUGCAGAUGUUGGCAAAGAGCUUGGCUACUGAGUGGGGCCCACAGGGGAUUCGUGUCAAUUCGCUUAGCCCUGGAUAUAUGCACACUGACUUGAUCAAGAAUUUGCUGGAAAAAGAGGGCAAGCAAUUGGUUGAUAAUUGGCAGAAAGACAUCCCGUUAGGUCGAAUGGCGCAUCCAAGCGAGUUGCACGGUACCAUUGUCUGGAUGGCUAGCAACGCAAGCAGCUAUCUGAAUGGAAGUGAUGUUCCCUCUGGCUUCGCACCACCUUCCCCGUUGUCACUCGGUUCUGCCAAACCAGCAAGAUUCUUCCCUCGAAUCCAGAGAUGGUCGCGGCGAUUCGCAUACCUCACCCUUCUCACCGCUCUGGGCUACACCCUCGACAUAACCUACAAUGCUUCUGCUUUCGCUCGUACUUUUCGCACCUUCUCCCUAGGCGUGAUGGUCGCGUGUGACUACAAGAUCAACUUUCGUGAGAAUCCGCCGUUCGCCGACUCGGUAGCGGAGGUACAUGAACGAAAUGCAAGAAGGUUGUUUACUUUGCUGCGGGAGAACGGAGGGUUGUAUUUAAAGAUGGGACAAGCAAUAGCCAUGCAGUCUGCCAUACUGCCGCCGGAAUUCCAGAAGAUGUUUGCGAGGAUGUUCGAUGAUGCGCCACAAAAUAGUUGGGAAGAGGUACAAAGAGUGAUACGCGAGGACUUUGGCGGCCGUAGUGUGGAGGACGUGUUUGGCGUGUCAUUUUCUUCGGACCCCGACAGAGGUGUCAUGGAGAAGACGGCGAGGGCUAGUGCCAGCGUUGCGCAGGUGCACUGGGCGAGGCUGAAGGAUGGAAGAGAGGUGGCAAUUAAGAUUCAGAAGAGGGAGAUUGACCGACAGGUUGGUUGGGAUUUAUGGGCAUUCAAAGUAGUAACAUGGGUUUACUCAAAAUGGUUCGAUCUACCAUUCUACAGUCUCGUUCCAUUCAUCUCAGAGAGACUCCUCUUGGAAACCGACUUCCAGAAUGAGGCUGAAAACUCCGUGAGAAUGGCGGAGCUGAUCAAAGGAGAGCCAAGACUCCGUGACCGGGUGUACAUUCCUGAGAUAUAUCCAGAGCUGAGCACGAAACGGGUCAUGACCGCAGAGUGGGUGGAAGGCGUCCGUUUGUGGGACAAGGAAGGAAUCAGUAGACCUUGGAGGGGAGGCAAAGGUGGUUCUCCCGGCUGUCAUGGUGCUCCUCUCGAUCCUCCAGACAAGCCGGUGCAAGUACUUCAGCGAGAUAGCAAGUCCGGCAAAAUCAAGCCCGAGCGAGAUUGGUGGAAAGGUCCUGACGGCAAAGGUGGGCUCGGUCUUUCAUUGACAGAGGUCAUGACAACCAUGGUGGAUUUGUUCUCCGCUCAAAUGUUCUUAUGGGGCUGGGUGCAUUGUGAUCCUCACCCAGGAAAUAUCUUCAUUCGAAGGCUUCCUAACGGCAGAUCCGAGCUCGUGCUCAUCGACCACGGCCUCUACAUCCAUAUGACGUCGGAGUUCCGACAUCAGUACUCACUAUUCUGGAAGAGUCUUAUGACAUUUGACAAUCAGACCAUGAAGGAAGUUGUUGGUCAAUGGGGCGUCAAGAAUGCCGACAUGUUUGCCUCCGCCACACUGUUGCGACCUUACAACGGUGGAGAUGGUAGUGUGAAUGCUCAGAUCCGAGGCCUCAGCGAGAAAGAGAAGAAGAAAAGACAAUUCGAAAUGCAGCAAGCGAUGCGAAAAGGAGUCAGGGAUAUUCUUGGAGACGAGAAGAAGUGGCCCAGGGAACUGAUCUUCAUCGGAAGGAAUCUGAGGAUCGUCCAGGGAAACAAUCAGUAUCUAGGAAGUCCCGUCAACAGAAUUAAGAUUACUGGCAAUUGGGCAAGUCGGGCCUUGAGCGAGGACAUAAAUCUAUCAUGGUCGGAAAGGUGGAGGUACUAUGGAAGUCACAUCAUCUUCAAACUCGUACUGGUCGCAACGGAUGUUGUCUUCUAUGCAGGCAAGUUGCGGCAAUGGUGGGGAACAGGGAGAGGAAUGGAAGAUGACAUUGAAAAUCAUAUGAAGAAGAUCGCGAAGGAAGCUGGAUUCGAGCUCAAUCAUGGUGUAUUUGAGGGAUGA